GAUUCCCCAAGAAAGCACCGUAUUCAAUGCUUACUCAAGCGCCAUUAAACGAAGCGAAAAGUUAAACCCUCCUCUCUCUCUCUCUCUCUCUCUCUCUCUCUCUAUCUCUAUCUCUAUCUCUCUAUCUGAAACACACUUAUUUUAUUUAGUUCAUUCACCUCACUGUCCCUAUAAAACCCAAAACUCAACCUCACAACAACAGAACACUCUUUCUGGUUUCACCUCUGUUGAGUCUUUUCCUUUCAUGGACGCUCUGAACUUCCUCAAGUUCUGGAGACACGCCACCAUGACCACUACAUCCGAACCCCACCUGGUGGUCGAAACCGACACUGAAUCCGACGAAGAUGACUCCUUCUUCGACUUGGAGCUCACGCUACCCGAUUUCGACAACAAAGAAAACAACAAAAACGACGAAGACCCUAAACGAACCACCACGACAACAACCGAACUCAAAAGUCUUCCCUCCAAAGACGAACUGGGCAAAACAGAAAACGACGUUCCGUUCAAAACCACGUUACCUCUGUCUCCUACCGAACCUAUCUCUAAACGUAAGGUCCUCCCAAUCGAGCCUAUAUCCAAACCUCAAUCCCCCAUUGCGCUUCUCAGGUCUGCCCCAAGCUUCAGAAUCUUCAUGUUCCGAAAGCGAAGCAGAGCUCCUCCGCAGAAAACGGAGCACUCUGCGAACGAGGCUAAGGUAUUCGCGGUGAAGCUCAGCGUCGAAGAUUUCCGAUCCUCUCCCAAUCUCAGCAGGGAUAACAGCACGAGAAGCUUCGGGAGCAAGGUUCGGGGUUACAGCAACGAUGAGCCGAAACCGGAGCGGUUCUCGAAGGAGGCGUUGCGGAAGUAUCUAAAACUGAUUAAGCCUCUGUAUGUGAAAGUCUCCAAGAGAUAUAGUGAUAACAUGAGAUUCCCCGGCGAAGGUUUCGCGACGUCACCGUCUUCGUCGCCGUCGGUAGCCUCUGUUUCUUCGACGAUGGAGAAACAGGGGAAGGGGAUGAGGGUGGGUUCGAAACAUUUGGGGAAGAGUCGGUCUGCGUCGUCCGCGGUAGCCGGAGUUAGUUCCCCGGCGAGUAGGAGCGAUGACACGCUGCUGCUGCAGCAUGAUGGCAUUCAAAGCGCCAUUCUUCAUUGCAAGAGGUCCUUUAACUCGAGAGAAGGAUCAAUGUAUCCGGUGAGAAAGUCAUUGGACGGUGAACGUGGGGCAAAAGUGUAACUUUGCACAAGUGUUGGUGAAAAAGAAGAGAAAAUGUGUAAUUUUUGUAUUUUUAGUGUACUUUGUAAAGAAAGAAAAAGGAAUAGGUGUGAUGAUUAGGUAGUGUUGGAGACUCCCCUGGUGGUGAGUGUAAAUUAAUGGGAAGAAUCAAAGGGAUCUUAUACUAUAUCUCUGUCUGUCUGUGCUCUUAGCACUCUGCUUGAGGUUUAUUUCAUUUUGAUUCGAUGCCAUCAAAUGAUUCAAGCAAACUUCAUUUUCUGAUUA